GUCUCCGCACACCUCCCUCGCUGUUGCUGCGGGCGCGCGCAGGCGCGCGCAAGCGCGCGCGCGCGCGUUCUGGUGUCCCAGGCAGGAGCUGGAGACAAGCGACCGGCUGUGGGCCAGGCUCUGAGAGAGCGCCGUGACACGGAGAAGCGGGACCCUGCGAGGCUACAGCUGGUGUGGGCCUGGCCGCCUCUCAGUCGGCAGGCCGGGCCACGUCGCCAAGCCCAGAGGCUGGACUCCCGGGCCUGAUGGCCAUGGGCGGGAGCCGGAGACGACAGCGGCAAAGGCAGCGGCAGCGGCCGGCCCUGCGGGCGGGGAGCCGUGUGGCCCUCGGCCCCUGACAGCCCCUGACCGCCCCGGCGGGCAGGAGCGCUCCGGCGCCUCCUGGGGUGGGGGGGCCGUAGCCAGGCAACGCCCGGUGCACCCGCCCAUCCCCCCGCCGCCCUUUUUUCCCCUGGCUGGGUGCGAAGGAGUAUGCCUGUGUCUGGCCUCGGCCAGAAAAGAGUUAAGUCGAGAGGCUUGGAGCUGCCUUCCUCUUGGGGGCGUGCCCCCCUCCCCCGCUAGGCGGCUCGGCCCCCCGGGGUAGGGUAUGGCCCCCGGCCCAGGCCCGGGACCCGUGGUCCCAGUCACUGGCCAGUGAAAGAUUCCUUCCUCUUCCCGCUCUCCUCUUUCCUUCGCCGGCCAGCACCAUGGGAUGUAAUAUGUGCGUGGUCCAGAAACCGGAGGAGCAGUACAAAGUGAUGCUUCAGGUGAACGGGAAGGAGCUCUCCAAGCUGUCUCAGGAGCAAACUCUAGAGGCCCUGCGUGCCUCCAAGGAGCCCCUGGUGAUACAGGUGCUGAGACGCAGCCCCCGUCUGCGGGGGGACAGCUCCUGCCAUGACCUUCAGCUGGUGGACAGUGGCACUCAGACCGACAUCACCUUCGAGCAUAUCAUGGCGCUGGGCAAGCUGCGCCCGCCCACCCCACCCAUGGGCAUCUUGGAGCCGUACGUCCUCUCUGAGCUCCCCCCCAUCAGCCAUGAGUAUUAUGACCCAGCGGAGUUCAUGGAGGGCGGCCCGCAGGAGGCAGAGCGAAUGGACGAGCUGGAGUACGAGGAGGUGGAGCUGUGUAAAAACAGUCACCAAGACAAGCUGGGCCUGAUGGUGUGCUAUCGCACAGAUGAUGAGGAGGACCUAGGCAUCUACGUUGGAGAGGUAAAUCCCAACAGCAUUGCAGCCAAAGAUGGCCGGAUCCGUGAGGGAGACAGAAUCAUCCAGAUUAAUGGAAUGGAUGUCCAAAACCGAGAGGAGGCAGUGGCCAUCCUGAGCCAGGAGGAGAACACCAACAUCUCCCUGCUAGUGGCCCGGCCUGAGAGUCAGCUAGCAAAGCGAUGGAAAGACAGUGACAGAGAUGACUUCCUAGAUGACUUUGGAUCUGAGAAUGAAGGGGACCUUCGUGCCCGGAAGCUAAAGUCACCCCCUGUUCAGCAGACUGGAAAUGAUGAGAAGGGAGCUCCCGAUGGGGGCCCAGGCUUGAGCAACAGCCAGGACCUGGACAGCGGGGUGGGCCGGACUGAUGAGAGUACCCGCAAUGAAGAGAGCUCUGAACAUGACCUGCUGGGGGAUGAACCUCCCAGCACCACCAACACCCCUGGAAGCCUGCGCAAAUUUGGUCUACAAGGGGAUGCCCUACAGAGCAGGGACUUUCACUUCAGCAUGGAUUCUCUGCUAGCUGAGGGGGCAGGGCUGGGAGGGGCUGACCUGCCUGGGCUCACUGAUGAGGAGUAUGAACGCUACCGGGAGCUGCUGGAGAUCAAGUGUCACCUGGAAAAUGGCAACCAGCUGGGCAUCUUCUUCUCCCGGGCCUCCAGUGGCAACAGUGCCCUAGAUGUCAACCGCAAUGAGAGCCUAGGCCAUGAGAUGGCCAUGCUGGAGGAAGAGCUUCGGCACCUAGAGUUCAAGUGCCGCAAUAUCUUGCGGGCACAGAAGAUGCAGCAGUUGCGGGAGCGCUGUAUGAAGGCCUGGCUGCUGGAGGAGGAGAGUCUCUAUGAUCUGGCAGUCAGUGAGCCCAAAAAGCAUGAGCUGUCUGAUAUCUCUGAACUGCCAGAGAAAUCAGACAAAGAUAGCACCAGCGCUUACAACACUGGGGAGAGCUGCCGCAGCACUUACCUCUCCAGGCGCCAUCGUGGCCAGGAGAUUGAGCAGUACCACAGCUGUGUGCAGUUGGCCCCGCCACGCACCCUGGAGGAUUUAGGCCAUGGCUCCUUGAGCUUAGCUAGUGGUCCUCGGGUGGGUGGGGUGGUGGCUGCAGCUGUCGAAGCACCCCGCAUGGAGUGGAAGGUGAAGGUGCGAAGUGAUGGGACCCGCUAUGUGGCCAAGCGGCCCGUGCGAGAUCGGCUGCUGAAGGCUAGAGCCCUGAAGAUCCGAGAGGAGCGCAGUGGUAUGACCACUGAUGAUGAUGCAGUGAGUGAGAUGAAGAUGGGCCGCUACUGGAGCAAGGAAGAAAGGAAGCAACACCUGAUCCGAGCACGGGAGCAACGGAAGCGGCGUGAGUUCAUGAUGCAGAGCCGUCUGGAGUGUCUAAGGGAGCAGCAGAAUGGUGACAGCAAACCUGAGCUCAACAUCAUUGCGCUGAGCCACCGUAAGACCAUGAAGAAGCGAAACAAGAAGAUCUUAGACAACUGGAUCACCAUCCAGGAGAUGUUGGCCCAUGGUGCCCGCUCAGCUGAUGGAAAAAGAAUCUACAACCCUCUGCUCUCUGUCACCACUGUCUGAGCUGCCCCAGCAGGAGCCCAGCCCAGGCCUAGAGAACCUGACCCUCACCCUCCCUUAGAAUCUAGUGUGUGUCAAUGUGUGUGCUUGCACGCUGUGCUCAUGCACACUCCUACCUGUAUAUGUAUGUGUGCACAGGACUUUGGAAAUUGAAAGCCCCAAGAAGGGACACUUCUCUUACAUAUAGGUCCUUUUCCCCAAGAAGCUAUGCUAUCAACCAGCAUAGAGGCAUACCCAUAAAGGACACCUCUGUGUGUAUACAUAUGGUAUUCUUGCUAUGUUCUUGGAGACAGGGAAAUCAGUGCAGAGGUGAGGUGGACUAUCCUAAGCACAAGAGAAUGUCCAGCUUCAUGCUGAGCACGACCUCUUCCAUCCUAGGAGCUGCAAUUAUUUGUAGACAAAGGCAACCCUGAAUUUUGUGGUUUUUCUUUUCUGUGCUUGCCAAUAGUUGUUUUCUGUUUUGUGGGUCUGAUCUGGGGGCUGGCAGCUCCUUUAGGCGGCCUGACAAAGGUGGACCCCACUGAGUGCUGGCUGGGAAGGAGGUUGGGGGGAGGAAGAGGGAGGGUUGGGUGGGAGGGAAAGGAGGAAGAUGGGGAAGAAUAAAAAGCAGCUGUCCUGGUGGCUUCUACUCUGAGGAGUAGUAGGGGGGUUCUGCCUUGGCUUUUAAGGCUUAACCAUGGAGGCGCACCUCUCUCACCAGUGACUGAAGGAGAGUGAGAUCACAGGGAUUUGGGGCACAGUAUCCAUGCGUAAAGAAUCUGUCUAUACCAUCUGGAGCAGAGCCACCCUUGUUAAGUAAGGAGGCUUAAGUAAGGAGGGCCAAACUCAAUGAGUAAUACAGAAGACCUCACCUAGUCUAGAGAUGAUGUGGUAGGACUUGGAAGACCUGGGUCCAAUGAAAGGAAGGUGGGCUGACCGAGAGAUGCCUAGAACAUUUUCCAGGUGAUGCAACUUUAAAAUGUGACACUUGUUUGGUGCCUCUUGGGCUUGGUGAAGCUCACUAGAUGCUACAGGAUGCCCCUGUUCCCCAACUAUACCCCAAGAAUAAAGCAAGCUGCCUUUUUGCUCUGUUAA